AUGACUCACACCAACUUUACCAUCUUUCACCCUGCAGUUUUUGUCCUACUGGGCAUCCCUGGAUGGGAGGCUUACCACAUUUGGCUGUCAAUACCCCUCUGCCUCAUGUAUAUCACUGCCAUCGUAGGGAACAGCAUCCUGAUAGUGGUCAUCAUCACAGAACGUAAUCUUCAUGAGCCCAUGUACUUCUUUCUCUCCAUGCUGGCCAUCACAGACAUCCUGCUGUCCACCACUACCGUACCCAAGGCUCUAGCCAUCUUUUGGCUCCAUGCCCAUGACAUUGCCUUUGAUGCCUGUGUCACCCAAGUUUUCUUUGUCCAUGUGAUGUUUGUGGGGGAGUCAGCCAUCCUGUUAGCCAUGGCCUUUGACCGCUUUGUGGCCAUCUGUGUCCCCCUGCAUUAUACAGCCGUGCUAACAUGGCGUGUUGUGGGAAGGAUUGGUCUGGCCAUUGUCACCAGAAGCUUCUGCAUCAUCUUCCCAGUGAUCUUCUUAUUGAAGCGGCUGCCCUUCUGCCGGACCAACAUUGUCCCCCAUUCCUAUUGUGAGCAUAUUGGAGUGGCCCGCUUGGCCUGCGCUGACAUCACCAUUAACAUCUGGUAUGGCUUCUCAGUGCCCAUUGUCAUGGUCAUCGUGGAUGUGAUCCUAAUUGCUGUGUCUUACUCACUGAUCCUCCGAGCCGUGUUUCGUUUGCCCUCCCAGGAUGCCCGGCACAAGGCCCUUAGCACUUGCGGCUCCCACCUCUGUGUCAUCCUCAUGUUUUAUGUUCCAUCCUUCUUUACAUUAUUGACCCACCGCUUUGGACAUAACAUUCCUCGACAUGUCCAUAUUCUGCUGGCCAAUCUUUAUGUGGUGGUGCCACCAAUGCUCAAUCCCAUUGUCUAUGGUGUGAAGACUAAGCAGAUCCGGGAGGGUGUAGCCCACCGGUUCUUUGACAUCAGGACUUGGUGCUGUGCUUCCCCUCUGGGCUAA